AUGAUCCCGGCUCACAAACCGUCUGCAGUACGCCUUGGAUCAUCUGGGCUAAAGGUAUCGAAGAUUAUCCUCGGUUGCACGGUAUAUGGCAGUUCCGACUGGUAUAGCUGGGUCCAAGACGAAGAAGCGAGCAUCAAGCAGAUCAAAGCGGCUUACGAUAUCGGAAUCAACGCCUUUGAUACUGCUAAUAUUUACUCCAACGGACAAUCCGAAGUCGUCUUAGGGAAAGCCAUUAAGCAGCACGAUUUGUUACGGGAGAAGAUUGUUGUAAUGACAAAGGUUUUUCACCCAGUAACACGAUCCAUGAACGAACGGAUUACUGGCCAAGCAUCGGCGCUCGCCGAUGAUAACGGAUAUGUGAACCAGUACGGGCUCAGUCGCAAGCACAUAUUUGAUUCGGUCCAGAAGAGCCUGGAUCGUCUGCAACUGGAUUAUAUCGACGUUCUUCACUGCCACGAGUUUGACUCCGAGACCCCGAUCCAUGAGACGAUGCAAGCCCUUCAUGAUGUAGUAACAGCUGGUUAUGUUCGAUAUAUCGGAAUAUCGACCUGUCGUGCCUGGCAAUUCCAUAUCAUGCAAAAUUACGCGCUCAAGAAUUGUUUGACGGCGUUUAUCGUGGUAGAAAACGACUACAAUAUCCUCUAUCGCGAGGAUGAAAAAGAGUUGUUCCCCACCUUGAAGCAUUUCGGUCUUUCUUCCGUACCUUGGUCCACAUUUGCUGGUGGUGCUGUCGUCCAUCCUCUUCAUCAGCAACGCAAAUGGCUUGCUCCUGACACAUCUUUCUGUAUCAGGGUAGAAGAGAUUGCUCGCCGCAGAAACAUCACCAUGACCCAAGUCGUCGUUGCAUGGUCCAUUAGCCGAGAAGGAGUUUGUGCCCUGGUCGUCAAUGUGUCGUCCACUGACAAUCUUUUAGAAGUUGUUGAUGGCUUGGAUGUGAUGCUUACUCCCCAUGAAAUACGGUAUCUGGAAGAACCAUAUAGUCCACAAAGGCUUCGUCAUUAA